GUUAGAUGCUGCUCAAAAAGUAACAGCAAGUAGUUCUCCGUGCCGCUGCUCUCGGCUGCCGUUGGAUCACCUUCCCUUUCUGGAACAGGCAGAUUGCUUCUUUUGGAGUGGUUCUGAAGAGAUCAGAUUGGACUAAUAGCAGUCUUUGCCACCUCUAGAUACCAAGAUGACUUCCAUGCUGACCCAUACCCUCCGAAACCUCCCUGCCUCUUCAGCAUGGGCUGCCAGGGUCUUUGCUCGGUCGCUCAGCUGCUCUCCACAGCUGCAGGCUGCAGCUGUCCAGCCUAAGAGUAAGAAGACCUUAGCCAAAAGCGGUGUGAAGAAUAUUGUUGUGGUGGAGGGCGUCCGUAUUCCAUUUUUGCAGUCUGGCACUUCAUACGCGGACCUCAUGCCCCAUGACCUAGCCAGAGCAGCGCUGCAGGGCUUGCUGAACCGGACCAAUGUCCCGAAGGAGGUCGUUGACUACAUUGUGUACGGCACGGUGAUCCAGGAAGUGAAAACGAGCAAUGUUGCCAGAGAGGCUGCCUUGGGAGCUGGCUUCUCUGACAAAACUCCAGCCCAUACGGUCACCAUGGCGUGCAUUUCUUCAAACCAGGCUAUGACCACAGGCGUGGGUUUGAUUGCAGCUGGACAGUGCGAUGUCGUCGUAGCAGGGGGCGUGGAGUUAAUGUCGGAUGUUCCCAUUCGUCACAGCAGGAAGAUGAGGAAGACUAUGCUCACUCUUAACCGAGCCAAGACCUUGGGCCAAAAGCUCGCUCUGAUUUCCAAAAUUCGCCCUGACUACUUUGCUCCUGAGCUCCCAGCUGUGGCGGAGUUCUCCACCAGCGAGACCAUGGGGCACUCCGCUGAUCGCUUGGCUGCUGCCUUCGCGGUUUCCCGUGUGGAGCAAGAUGAGUAUGCCCUCCGCUCGCACACGCUAGCCAAGAAAGCCCAGGACCAAGGCUUGCUGCUCGACGUGGUACCCUUCAAAGUGCCAGGCAGAGAUACGGUUACCAAAGAUAAUGGCAUCCGCCCUUCCUCAAUGGAGCAGAUGGGCAAGCUGAAGCCAGCUUUUGUCAAACCAUAUGGAACUGUCACAGCCGCCAACUCAUCCUUCCUGACAGACGGCGCCUCGGCGAUGCUCAUCAUGUCUGAAGAGAAGGCUCUGGCGAUGGGCUACAAACCGAAGGCCUACCUAAGGGACUUUGUGUACGUGUCCCAGGAUCCAAAGGACCAACUGCUGCUGGGUCCAACGUACGCCACGCCCAAAGUGCUGGAGAAGGCUGGUCUAACCAUGGCUGACAUCGACGUGUUUGAAUUCCACGAAGCUUUUGCUGGGCAGAUUCUGGCUAACUUGAAAGCUAUGGAUUCGGACUGGUUUGCGCAGAACUACAUGGGCAGGAAGUCAAAGGUCGGAGCCCCUCCUCUGGAGAAGUUCAACACCUGGGGCGGCUCCCUCUCGCUGGGACAUCCUUUCGGUGCCACCGGCUGCCGCCUUGCGAUUACUGCUGCCCACAGGUUGAAGAAGGAGGGAGGGCAGUACGGCCUGAUUGCUGCCUGCGCUGCAGGAGGGCAGGGGCAUGCAAUGCUAGUGGAACUCUACCCUCAGUAAUGGGACAAGGGACUGCUGAAGGAGUAUUCGUGUGUCCUGUGCCUGGCAAUGCCAUUUCAAUGCACUAAUAAAAACAUACAAACAAUCCUUGGAAAGGAUUUUUGGUGGCCUUUGUAAAUACCUUUUUGCUCCACUGCUGGUAAUUUUCAGCUAAUAAAUGCACUCUAGGACGUAUUCCAGGUCGAGGAAAAUAAAAGCUAAUAUGGCUCUUAGUGUCUCCAAGGUCCUUGUAACCAGUCUGAUUUCUACUGUAAUUCUUUGGUAAGCAAGCUUUAUUGUUAUUUUUCCCUGGAAAAGAAGAAAAGAAUGAUUCCCAAGGGGCGUACAAAGAAUGAAGCUCAGAGAUGAGGAGAUCCAUGAAGUGCUGAACGUCGGCCGGCUGAGAUGCGAGGUUGGAGGGAGUAACAACGUCUUCAGCAGCAGGUUUAAACUCAAGAGGCUGACCUGGUUCAAAGGGGGAGGUUUGCACGAUGUCUGAACAGCAUGGAACGAGCAAAGUGCCUCUGAGAAUUGUGUCACUGAUGUUUGCCACAAUAAACCAGGAAAAAAA